UGACAGGACGUUAUUUGGUUAUGUUGUAUUAUUUUGUAAUGUGAUCAGUAUGAGGUAUUUUAAUAGUUUUGUUCUUAUUGUGUCGUUUCCUGUAAUACUUGCAGUUGAACACUUGGAAGGCACGAUAGAUUCAAAUUCAAGUGUAUCUGAACCUCAGUCGGUGCUGUACGCGAAGAACAUUAUCGAUCAUUGGGAGAGACUAGAAAGAGCCUUGGAUUGGUCCAAUAUUCAUGUUCAAGUGGGUUCUGCUUCACAUGGUCAACUCUUGACCUCACAACCGCAAGACGAAGCUUUAUUACAAGAGAAGAAUGCGCUUAUCGCUGCGUAUGCCUUGAGACACUUGAAAGAUCAACUUCGCAUCACGGGUCGGACACCACAGGGAACACCGUUCAGUUGGUCAUGCUCAAAAAAAGAGUGCUUACAUAGCAAAUAUCGACCGAUAGAUGGUUCUUGCAGUGAUUCCACGGACGGGUUUCAUGGAGGUGCAUUUAGUAGCUACUCCAGGUUGCUUGAGGCCUAUUAUGGAGACGGUCUGCAAGAAAUCCGUCGAUCAGUUCACCGGGCGUUUCUUUUACCCUCAGCGCGCUUAGUCAGUACUACAAUAAGUCAGAAUGAGUCCACUGUAUACGAUAAUUUAACAACAGCGGUGGCGUAUUGGGGUCGAUUCAUUGAGCACGAUAUGACUUUUACUGCUUCGAGCGUUAUGGUUCACUCCAAGAAGACCAUCGAAUGCUGCGAUAACGAUGGAAGCAAUCUCUCACCGAGGCACGUCCAUCCUCUCUGUGCCCCAAUACGUGUCCCAUUUGAUGACUACAUUUAUUCAAAGCUAUUUGUCAGGUGCAUCCCUUAUGUUAGAUCAAUUGGUGCUAUCCGCAUGAACUGUACUUUGGGAUCGCUUGAGCAGCUAAACCAAGCUAGUCACUUUCUGGAUGGAUCUCAAUUGUACGGCGUGGAGAAAACCAAACUAAACCUACGAAGGCAAUUUCGCAAUGGUUUAUUAAAGUAUAGCGGCACGUCGAAAAGCAUGUUUUUGCCAAGGUCUACAAAUCCAAUAAUUGACUGCCAAUACCUUACUCAAAAUGGUACCUGCUACAUUUCUGGCGACUCACGUGUAAAUGAGCUGCCACUCCUUACACUGUUGCAUACGUUGUGGCUUCGGGAACACAAUCGAAUUGCAGCAGCUUUACAUGGGAUUAACAAUCACUGGAAUGAUGAAGAACUGUUUCAAGAAACCAGACGGAUAGUGAUUGCACUUUUGCAACACAUCACAUACAACGAGUGGCUGCCAGUUAUAUUGAAUCAAAGCCAAAUGGAUAAAGUAAACUCGCCACCAUCUCAAUCAGAACUGGAUCCCAGAACGAGCAAUAGCUUUGCAACAGCUGCCAUCAAAUUUGUCAACUCCUUAAUCGACGAUAGUGUCAGAACUUAUAGCCGCAAUCGUACUCUCACAAAGACAUACGAUUUGAAAGACUACUUCUACAAGCCAUGCAUCUUGGAGGAAAACUUUGAUGGAUUCAUUCGCGGCAUGGCUACACAAAAUUGCCCAAAAUUGGAUUUAAAUUACGCAGAUAGUAUAAGAAACCACUUAUACCAAACUGACUCCCAUGGCUUUGAUAUCGUCAGCUUAGACAUACAGCGAGGACGUGAUCACGGUCUACCUACCUACGCAUCUUUUCGUUCAAUAAUUGGCUAUCCAAAUGUUACCCAGUUUUCCACUUUGGAAGACGUCACCCCUAUGGAACACGUAACUCUCCUGAGAAAAGUUUAUCAAAGUCCCUGGGAUAUCGACUUGAUAAUCGGGGGAAUGUCCGAAAGGCCGUUGCCAAAUUCAUUGUUAGGGCCGACGUUCUCCUACAUCAUUGGGGAGCAAAUGAAGCGCACUAAGAAUGGUGAUAGGUACUUUUACACGAAUAAGAAGCAACCGAAUCCGUUUACGGAUGCCCAGUUGAAGGAAAUCCAGAAAGUAACGCUUGCAAGGAUAUUCUGCGACAAUGGUGAUGAUAUUGUGUAUAUGCAACCUAAAGUGUUCAUGCAAAUUUGUGAUAGUAAUCCAUUAGUAUCCUGCACGGGUAAUGUAAUACCCCAUUUAAAUCUAAAAGUAUGGAAGAAGAAAUAGCUUGCAUUAAACAGUGAUGAGAUAAUGAAUUAUACAGAUAUAGUGAACUUUUUCCUAUCAGUCGCACGGUUGGCACAUUUAAA